UCAGCUGACGCGAGAGGGUUUGAAGCGGCGCCGCGAGGGAGCGAGGCCGCUGCAGCCGCGGCGGGCGCCCGGACCCCGGCUGCCCGGCCGCGUCCGGCGGCGUCCGGCGCUCCCCGCCCCGGCAUGGCGGCCCCCGUGGGCCGGCGGGGCUCAGAGACCGAGCGGCUCCUAACCCCCAGUCCUGGGUAUGGCACCCAGGCUGGGGCUUCCCCGGUCCCUCCGGAAGAGGAGGACCUCCGCCGCCGGCUCAAGUACUUCUUCAUGAGUCCCUGUGACAAAUUUCGGGCCAAAGGCCGCAAGCCCUUCAAGCUGAUGCUGCAAGUCGUGAAGAUCUUAGUGGUCACCGUGCAGCUCAUCCUGUUUGGGCUCAGCAACCAGCUGGCAGUGACAUUCCGGGAGGAGAACACCAUUGCCUUCCGGCACCUCUUUCUGCUGGGCUACUCGGAUGGGGCAGAUGACACCUUCGCGGCCUACACACGGGAACAGCUCUACCAGGCCAUCUUCCAUGCUGUAGACCAGUACCUGAUGCUCCCUGAUGUGUCGCUAGGCCGGUAUGCCUACGUGCGGGGCGGGGGUGGCCCCUGGGCCAACGGCUCGGCCCUGGCCCUCUGCCAGCAGUACUACCACCGAGGCCACGUGGACCCAGCCAACGACACCUUUGACAUUGAUCCCAUGGUUGUCACUGACUGCAUCCAGGUGGACCCCCCUGAGAGACCCCUUGUGCCCCCCAGUGAUGAUCUCUCCCUCUCGGACGGCAGCGCCAGUUACAAGAACCUCACGCUGAAAUUCCACAAGCUGAUCAACGUCACCAUCCACUUCCAGCUGAAGACCAUCAAUCUCCAGAGCCUGAUCAACAAUGAAAUUCCAGACUGCUACACCUUCAGUGUCCUGAUCACUUUUGACAAUAAGGCGCACAGUGGGCGUAUCCCAAUCAGCCUGGAGACCCAGGCCCACAUCCAGGAGUGUAAGCACCCCAGCGUCUUCAGGCAUGGAGACAACAGCUUCCGGCUCCUGUUCGAUGUGGUCGUGAUCCUUACCUGCUCCUUCUCUUUCCUGCUGUGUGCCCGCUCACUGCUGCGUGGCUUUCUGCUGCAGAACGAGUUUGUUGGGUUCAUGUGGCGGCAGCGGGGACGGGUCAUCAGCCUCUGGGAUCGGCUGGAAUUUGUCAAUGGCUGGUACAUCCUGCUGGUCACCAGCGAUGUGCUCACCAUCUCGGGCACCAUCAUGAAGAUUGGCAUUGAAGCCAAGAACCUGGCAAGCUACGACGUCUGCAGCAUUCUCCUGGGCACCUCCACGUUGCUCGUCUGGGUCGGCGUCAUCCGCUACCUGACCUUCUUCCAUAAGUACAAUAUUCUCAUUGCCACACUGCGGGUGGCCCUGCCCAGCGUUAUGCGUUUCUGCUGUUGUGUGGCUGUCAUCUACUUGGGCUAUUGCUUCUGUGGCUGGAUCGUGUUGGGCCCCUACCAUGUGAAGUUUCGCUCGCUGUCCAUGGUGUCGGAGUGCCUGUUCUCGCUCAUCAACGGGGACGACAUGUUCGUGACGUUUGCUGCAAUGCAGGCUCAGCAGGGCCGAAGCAGCCUCGUCUGGCUGUUCUCCCAGCUCUACCUCUACUCCUUCAUCAGCCUCUUCAUCUACAUGGUGCUGAGCCUGUUCAUCGCGCUCAUCACUGGAGCCUACGACACCAUCAAGCACCCAGGCGGUGCUGGCGCAGAGGAGAGCGAGCUCCAGGCCUACAUUGCUCAGUGCCGGGACAGCCCCACCUCUGGCAAGUUCCGCCGCGGGAGCGGCUCGGCCUGCAGCCUCCUCUGCUGCUGCGGCAGGGACGCCUCGGAGGAGCAUUCGCUGCUGGUGAAUUGAGUUGGACCCGCCACUGCUACAGGACAUUAGCCCUCAGACUGCGGAGACUCACGCUUAUUUAUUUUUAGGGUUUUUGCUUUUAAGGACCGGUUCCCUGCCGCGCCCUAAGGACCUGGCCCAGUCGGGUCGGACACGGGUGGGACAGGG